GGUAAAGUCGUAGUGACAAUUUCAAUGCAAUCACAUGAUGUCACUGACGAAGAUAAAGAUGAAUUGACUUAUGGUCAGCCUAUUAAAAAAGGAAUUUUGUUAGUUGAAUUAUAUGAUACUGGCAUUGGCAUGGAUCAAGGAUACAUAAAACAUGCAUGGAAAAGUUAUUCACAAGGUGAUAUGUCAAUAACUAAGAUGCAAGACGGUACAGGACUUGGCCUUUCAAUUUGUAAAAGUCUA